AUGUCAAACGUAUCCCCGUCAUCACAAUUAUUAAUAAAUGGUGAUAAUGAUGUUGUAGUUGCUGGUAAUUAUCAAGAGUUUCACGUUUUGGACACUAAUCGGUUGGACAUAAGUGGAAUUAGUGUCGCCUCUGACUUAGGCGCAAUUGUAGAAGGUGUCACAUCGACAUCAGCAUCUUCGGUAGUUGUUGUUGACUACCAUAAUCAUCCGGAGCUACAAAAUACACCCUCGUCUACUUCUACAUCGUCUUCUUCGUCUUCAUCUUCAUCCUGCUCGUCAUCAUCAUCCUCUACGUCACUGCUGUCACUUGCAGACCAAAAUAUUUUGCAGCCUGGUGCUGUUGUUGUUGUUAACUGUGUUGGGAGUGAAGGUACCGGUACCGCUACCGGUGUCGCUGUUAGUGAAGGUGACGGUGACGGUGAAACUGGUAACAUUAAUAAUAAUAAUAAUAAUAAUAAUAUUGGUAUUGAUAUUGAUAGUAAUAAUUUAAAUAAUAGUGAUAUUAAUAAUAGUGGCAGUAGUGCGGCAACAGCCGCCUACAACAUGGUAGCGGCGAUGAACGAGCACUUGUCGUCCUCAUCGGCGACCAACAGCGCACGUAGUACGAGCGCGCAAAACGAAUUUAUAAUAACAAGUGGACACGCGGCUACUGACAACGUUGAAGAUAUUGUCGGCGACAAGCCAACUUCUGCUGGCAUACUUACUUUCCCCUGUGACUUUGAUCACAUGUAUGCCAGCAUGACUGACGGUGGAACCCCGGCAGUAGCCGCGACCGCAACAUCGACCCUCGGAGUCAGCCCUCUCAGGGGCAACGAGCCACGUCUUAACGAUCUCGCGGAGGUCAAGCACCUUAAGGAAUUGUUAUUGCUGCAUCUUGACCUUAUUCAGCAGCAAUCUGAGCAAAUAGUUACUAAGGAUAAAUUACUGGCUGCUCUCAGACAGGAAAAUGAAACGCUCAAAUUGCGACUGGAGCGUAUGGACAGACGAGUUAAUUUACAGAAAUUACGAUCAGAGAGUACCGAAAAUUCAAUUGCAUCGGACAUUGGACCAUGCUCACCGCCCAGCCUCCAUUCGGUAAACAUUGUCACACCACUUAUUGUCAACGAACAGCAUCACAAAAAUAUUUCCGCCGAGUGUAAUAGUCCUCAGUACAAUGAGAGCUUUAAAAUACGUCUCAACACCAGCGGGGGAAUUACAACCGUCAAACAAGAACAUACCAAUGAUAAUUUGAAUAAAUUAGACAUCAAACCAGACGUAAAUGUGGCCGGCGGUGGUGAUGCCAGACUUGAAUGGGAGAGUAAGAGAAAUAAAAGAAAAUCAGAUCCAACACCUUUGCCAAGCAGUGGUAGUAAACGUAAACGUGGUGUUUCUUGCUCGUCGACAAUUAGCAAUGACACGACCUCCACGAUUCCCGAAGGCAAAAACUCAACCCACGAUUUGAGCAAUAGAAAGUCUGAUAAAAAAGGCAAGUCAAUUAUUAAAAAAGAAUCAUUUUUAACAACUGAAGAGCAUUAUUAUACUGCUAUGGGUGAUCCUCAUUAUAAUCUAAGGACUAAACCUGAACUAGAGGAUGAUUCUAAUAAUUUAGAAGUACCUAGUUGGAGAAUAAAGGUUUACACUAGUUGUUAUACAAUGGAGGGUACUGAGAAUUUGGACGAUGAAAUUUUUAAUAAAAGACAUUUGAAGCUGGAAAAUGAUGAAAGAAGGAGAAAACGAUGGGAUGUACAAAGGAUAAGAGAACAAAGGCAUAUUGAAAAACUAAAACAAAGACAAGAGCGUCAGAAUCAUCAAGCGACUUGUUACAACACUAACCACACUGGACCAUGUCCGUCUAGUACUGAGGAAGAAGUCAUCACUACGCUUUGGCCGGAUGUGGAUCAAGUACAAAGUCUCCAAGUUGAUCCUGAGCUACCAGUAUCUGCAUUUGGAGCUCCCAUACCUAGUUUUACCCCUUCUGAAUUUUCUCUUCCGUGGCUCCACUCGGCGAGAUCCAAAAGCCGGCGACCUAAACGAUCAACUGGCAGAAGAAAAUCUCGGAGAUAA